AUGUCCACCAAAACAAUAACCAACCCUCCAAGGGUUUCGAUAACAAAGAGAUCUUACAAAAUAAAGACGCCAUAUGUUCCCAAACUCUCCACAGGACAGGAUUGUCCAUCUUCUGCCAUGCCUCAGGAUGACUUCCAUUCCCAGGAUGCAUUUUCUUUCUCUCCUUUAUGCGGCUCCAACAGUCUGCCCGGACACAACCAGUGGGCAUAUAUGAGCUCUAAUUCCAGUACUACAAGCGAUACCACAGAUGAAUCGUUUGAAACUAGCCCGAUGCCAGUGACAGAACCGGAUAUCAGCAGUUCCCAGGACUAUAGUUUUGCCUCUUUUUCACAUCCAGUGAUCUCAGGUCAUGUCAGUUCUUUGGACCAGCCUGCCAGGUAUUCCUCACUGUCAGAUGUCCAUAAUUUGCAUGAUACGACAGAUUCAGGAAACAGUCCUCACUUGGCAUUCAGUAGUUCCCAGGGAUACCAGUCUAUCUUAUCUUCCGUCUUUGUUUUCCCUUUUGAUAAUGCCGGGUCCCAGCCCGAUGGUGCCCAUAGUUGCGACCCAGAAAGCACGAAGCAACUCCAACUUGAGUCCCAGGAAAUUGAAAAAUCAGAAAUGUUUACUAGUGCACGCCCAUAUGACCACAUGCCAGUGGAUCCCGAUGGUUUCUCCCUGAGUGGCACGAACCAAGUGCCAGAUAUUUUCAGCCAUGGACCAAUCACCCCGCCCCUAACCGAGCGUAGCAAUGACAUUUCUGUAUCCUCCACAUGCUCAAAUGACAGCUACGCUCCAUUUUCUGGACACGAUGAUUCCAUGUUCCCCGACAUUCCAAGCUCCAUCUCUCCCCAUCGCUUCAACAUCCGUGACCCACUCUGCCGUUAUCUUACCCCUACUGAACAGGAGGAUAUCAACAGAACCGUGAGGGCUUCAAAGCAAAACCAGCGACCACUACUAUCUGCAGCAGAACCCCAAACACGAAAAGAAGAGCAAGCCGUAUAUCCUCUUCCUGCAGGCCAAAGUCCAAAUUUUAAGGAAACACAGGAGACAAGGAACCCUAGAGACCAUCACUAUUAUUCCCUGCCAACCCAAGCCGAUGGAAAAUACCACUGUCCCUUUGAGAACGAUGAGAAGCCUUGUUCACACCCACCGACAACACAAAAAUGCGGUUACCACAAAUACCUUGAUUCCCACUUGAAGCCAUACCGGUGCAAGGUCAGCCAAUGUGUGGAUGCCCACUUCUCUUCCAAUGCUUGCCUCUUCCGCCAUGAACGGGAAGCACAUGGAAUGCAUGGCCAUGGAGAGAAUCCCCAUCUCUGCCACUUCUCCGCCUGCGAACGUUCCGUUCCAGGAAAUGGAUUUCCCCGUCGCUGGAAUCUUCAUGACCACAUGAAACGAGUCCAUGACUAUGCUUCGUCAGAGAGAGUUAGCUCGCCCGAGCGGUCUCCAGGUGCUGGUCAACCAUCCAAGAAGAAGGAUGCUACAGUUCGCAAGAGAAAAGGAACCAAAGCAACAACUAUGAAACGAGUCCGAUCCUCUCCAACCCAAACAUCUAGCCUAGCCAAGACUGCCCAGACGCAAGCUCAGCAAGAACAGCAGCUCCAAAACGCUGAGCGGAACUACUAUAACUGCCUUGCGCGCCUUAAGGAGGAUUUGAACAACAUCAAUCCUCAGGACCCAGGUCUACAUGACAAGGCGAAUGCCAGCUUGCAGGAACUCCAUACUCUUGCUCUGAAUUACCGCUGCAUUCGAGCUAGCCAAGCUGCAAAUGAGAUGUCUUCAGGUGUUUCUCGAUGA